UUCACUUCCAAAGCAUCUUCCUCUCUCUUAUUUGUUUACUUUCUUAUUUUCAUUUAUUCAUACUUUAAUAAAGGAAAAUCGAAUCGCAUACUUUCUUCUCUAUAUUUAUCUUCUUCUUCUUCUUCAUCAUCAAUCUUCUUAUUACUUACUUUAUAGAACAACAAAACCCUAGAUUUGCUGUUCAGCUCAGGGCCGUACAAACUGAAGAGUUCAGCUAGUGGAUUUACAUUUUUUGGGGUUUUGGUAGUAAGACUAAAGAUACAGAUCCUCGACAGUAGCAUCAUGGAUACCGGCCCUUGGAAAGAUACAAACGACGACGUUUCAGGUCAGACUAGGACAAGACGUGAAGGAGAGUCGGAAGAAGCCGUAGCCACUACGAAGCGGCCAGCUACGAUUUCUUCUUCUUCGUCGUGGAUGAAGUCAAAGGAUCCAAGGAUUGUUAGGGUUUCACGAGCCUUUGGAGGCAAAGACCGUCACAGCAAAGUGUGUACGUUGCGUGGUCUACGUGACAGACGCGUGAGAUUAUCAGUCCCCACGGCUAUCCAGCUCUAUGAUCUUCAAGAACGCCUUGGCCUUGACCAGCCUAGCAAAGCCGUUGACUGGCUGCUCAAUGUAGCUAAAGAGGAGAUCGAUGAGCUUCCUCCCUUGCCCGUCUCGCCGGAAACUUUCACUCUUUUCAACCAUCAUCAGUCUUUCUUGAAUCUUGGUCAACGGCCGGGUCAAGAUCCGACCCAACUCGGAUUUAAAAUCAAUGGAUGUGUAGAAGAGUCUACUACUACUAGCCGCGAAGAAAACAACAAUGAGAGAGGUGAAAAAGAUGUCUCUUUUGAAAACAAUCAUCAUAUUGGGUCUUAUGGAACCUAUCACAACAUGGAACAUCAUCAUCAACAACAUUCGAGUUUUCAGGCAGAUUAUCAUCAACAUCAACUACAUAGUCUUGUCCCAUUUCCAUCACAGUUCUUGGUAUGUCCAAUGACGACAUUAUCAACAACAACAACUACUACACAAUCUUUGUUUCCCUCAUCCUCAUCAGCUGGUUCGUGGACUAUGGAGACAACAGAUCCAAGGCGAAUGGUAAGCCAUUUUCAAAUGCCACUAAUGGGUAGUUCUUCUUCUUCAGCAUCCCAAAACAUUUCGACUUUAUACUCAUUGUUACAUGGUAGUAGUAGCAACAAUGGUAGUAGUAACCGAAUGUCAUCGGUCCAACUCAACCAGACUAGUAGAGGAAGUGAUAAUCCUAUGUGAAAUUAGAUUAUGUAAACAAUUAAAUGUUUGAUGUGUUUG